AUUAAUGGAAGAUCAAUCCAACUGUGUUCUUGAUUGGCCAUAUCUCUACAAAGAAAAGAGUACAGAGGAGUUGGCAGUGUCACUUUGGUCGACAACAAUGGAGCUUGAAGCAACAAGGAUCAGGGUUCAAGAAGAGAUCAGAGCAAGAGAUGAUCAGUUAAAUCAGCUCAAAGAUCUUCUGAAUGACGCCAUUAAUGAAAGAAAUGAAGCUCGAAACAAAUAUCAAUCGUUUCUCAUUGAUAACUUGCUUCUCCAACAGCAGUUUCACCACCACGCCGGAUACAAACACUAUCAAACCACCGUAGCUCCGCCGCAGCCCGGUGUUUCAAGUAUUGAAGAUGAACCCAUCACCACCAAUUGUGGCUUCUCUUCUUCAGAUUGUGAAGAAAGCAUUCUUUCUUCUCCACCCAUCGAAAACCCACUUCAAUUACCACCACCACCACCGCCGCCGCAGCCGCAGGAAUCGCGGUUUCCGGUAGUUCAGACAAAGGGGUUGCCGGAAAAAGGGAAGUUUUUAGAAGCAGUCAUGAAAGCAGCUCCUUUGUUACAGAACCUUCUCCUGGCAGGACCACUCCCACAUUGGCGCCACCCUCCUCCUCCGCUGGACACCUACCAGAUUCCAUCGCCAUCGUUGGUGAUUCCAACUCCACCUGUCCGCCAUCUACUCAGUCAAGAAUCUUUACGAAAAAUUACCUACAAUUGUGGUGAGUUUAACAAGAAAAGGGCGUUUUCCGAAGACCGUGAUUCUUCAACAGAGACCAAAUACCAAAGAAUUGCUUUAAAUUGACUACUAUUACUGCAUUCUUCUUCAUCUCAUAUACAAAAACUAUUUGACUAUUACAGUCAAAUCAUCAUAGUAGUUGAAUUUUCUUGAUUUCUCUACAAAAUGAUCAUCAAGGAGUUUAUAAAUUGAUGUGGCUAUCAGCCUAUUCUAAUGCGAAAGGGUUGAAGAUGAUCUACCGAAAUUGUAAAUAGGGUUGAUAUGAAUAGCAUAAAUCACCCAAACGCUUUCAAGCUUUUGCGACAAAUUUGGGGGGGGUUUUUUCCCGUAAUUUGAAACCUGUGAAACUGGGGAGAGGGUGAUGUUGAAGAUAAUUGCAGGUUUUGAUGA